UCUUUCUUUUCUUUUUUUUUCCCAACAGGUUGCGGGCAACGCCCAGGGGUUCGAAUAAUAGGCGGGUCAACAGCGACUCCCAAUUCCUGGCCUUGGCAGCUUUCUCUGAGAGUAAUGGGCGUUCACAAUUGUGGAGCUUCACUAAUAAGUCCUAAAUGGGCUGUUACAGCAGCUCAUUGUGUAGACAGUUAUUAUGAUCCCCACGUUUAUAGUCUAGUUGCUGGUAGGUACGAUCACAUGUGCCUUAUAAUGUAAUUUCAAGCCUUGAUACCGAGAUCGGGCGUAGGAUAACGAAUACGUCACUGUUUAUCAUUAGUCGACUCACACCCAAGUGGGUUAUGGCAUUCUCGUUUCUCGGAGCAUUAUAGGUAGUCGACUAAAAAGAUCAGUUGAGAAUGAAGCAGAUAAGAAGAUUUAGAAUAAGCUCGACAACAUGGCGAAGCUUACCCUUGGUGGUCACCUCCCCAGUUGCAGCAGAUUUUUUGAAAACGAACCUGACGAAAUUUGCGAGCCAUUUGAGUUAAAAAGGGUUUUGCGCCCGAUAAGUUCGAAAAUCACACUAGCAUAGGAAAAGGAAAGAAGGAAGCAAGCCCGGAGGAGAAGAGGAAAACGGCAAUGGUUGCACUCUUAGUUUUAUAAUUGCUACUUGGCCGAAGAUUUAAAAAAAAGGGUGUGAAACGGAAAAGGUCUAUUUUUCAGGUUACGUUUUGCAAAAUCCCACUAAAGUUUCAUUUAGAAAAAGUACUUUAGAUAUCCUUUAUAGGACGCCACCAUAAAUGCUCGAUCAAGAUCAGUAAAAAUACUGGAAAAAGGUAGCCGAAAUAUGCCAGUUUCGAAUGAUCAAAAUUCAUACCAGACCCCGAGACCAGGGGAAAUAAAAGUAAAAGAAAUAAAUUAUAAAUCCUUUAAAGAAUGUUAAUUUCUUUAAUCUCUUUUGUUUUAUACCCUUCAGCCUCUUAACCAGGUGUUAAUUUUGAUGAUAAUUUCUUUUAAUGAACGCAUCAACGCGUUUAAUCCUGUGAUAAAGUUAACCUUAAACAAGGACACAAGGCAAUGAAAUAUCAUUUUUCACAUAAGGACUUAAUUCAAAAAAACAACAACAAAAUAAUGUUUCACAUAUUUCCUUAAUUCAAACAAAAACAACAAACAAUAUUGAAAAUAGAAUUUGUAGAGUCUCCCUUGUCUCACAAUCAAAUUGCUCAAAGCAUGGUUAGCUUUAACAUUGGUUAAGCAGUAUCAAAACCAAUACGUUGUCAAGGUAUUAAACGUUGGUUAACGCUAACCAUGCUUCGAGCAACUGGGCCCAGGGCUAGUGGAGCCAGGCACCCAGUUGACAUUAGCACUAAAGGGGCCGAAUAAAUUACAGGUCUGUAAAAUACUGUAGCCAGAUUGUAGCCCAAGUGCACACAUAGCAUUCAAAUCAUUCAUUCUAUUUGGUUUCUAAUUCUAAUUCAUUCAAUAGGGGCGCACCGAAUUCAAGGAGACGGUGUUGUAUAUCGCGUCAACAAAAUAAUCAUGCAUGCUGGUUUUUCCAUGUCCCACCUCAGGAAUGAUAUCGCGUUGAUGAGACUGGUCAAACCUGUACAACUUGGUCCCAAAGUGGGAACGGUGUGUUUUCCAAGGAAAAUUACACGUGUUGCUACAGGAACAAAAUGCUGGAUUUCAGGUUUGUCAAGUUUAUAAAAUACAGGAAACGGGGUGCUUGUUUUUAGUGAUUGAUUCCAACUCGAUCAGCGCCAUUGUGCUGGCCCGUAACGCAAAACUUGUUGGCAUAGGCGUACGGGCCGGGGGGGCGAGGGGGGCUGCAGCCCCCCCAAAGUUUGGGCAACUCAGAUUUUUUGGGCAGCAAGAGAAAAUUUGGGCAAAACCAGUUUUUAAAGACGUUUCCAUGUUUGUUAUUAUUAUUAUUAUUAUUUUGAAGAGAUAAAUAUUUUCUAUUUUAACCAGAAGUCGACGUAAUAAUUCAGUUACGUUCACACGAGACAGUGGUUGCCUAGCACGGGAUGAGUUUCUGGUUAUAAGGGAAGGGUAUUAUAUGCUGAUUUUUUUUAUCUUUGGGCACUGUACUUCACUGUACUAGCUGGAAUGGGCUAUUUCCAGUCGUGAAUUGAUUAUAAUCACUGCAUAAUAAACUUCCGCAUAACUUUCUAGAAUCACCUCCGCUCCUAGAACAGUGUGUGGGAGAACACGCAUCAGCAAUGGGUCUGAAAGUGAAGUGGCUGACUAAUUCCCAGUUUGAAUUACGAGAAGAAUCAUAAUUUUUUUAAAAAAAAUCUAUCAAGCGGUUUAAAAAUUAUUCACUAAUUUGUUUAAGUAGACCGAAAUGUUUACAAAACCCCUAACAAGAUCGAGCGCUAAUCAAAUCCUUCCUUAUAGCAAUUGGCAGGAACUAUGUCCAUGAUCUUUCACACACGUUUAUAAAAAGAUUGAAACUACUGUGAGGUGAAAUUGCAUGUCAAAAGCGCUCCGUUUUCUUCAGAUUACGACUAAACAUCAAGAUUUUCCUUUGUUACCUUAUUUCUAACAAUAAAAACUUCAUCCCAAAAUAUCUCGAUAACGCUCUUACGGUUCCGUUUUAACUUGAUGAACAUCGAGGCGACUAUUGGAGGAAAGAGCUCCCAUAAACGAUUUUGUAAGAACAGUUCCAAGUGAGAAAUAUUGCUGCAAGUAUAAUAGGUAAUGGCGUCAUUUCGUUGCUAUGACAGCUCCGAUGUCAUUGCAAUCCUGAUCAUGACAAAUUUCCCUCUUUAUCUAAUACAACUGUGGUGGCAAUUUUUUCCAAAUGCUUGUUUGUGGCGUCGUAGUUUAUGCUCAAACUUGGCAGGUAUUGACUCUGAAAAACUGUAUCGAGCCACUUUCAUAUGCCAGUACGGCCUAUUUUGUUGCAUGGCCCUAGCUUCCUUUCGACUGUUUUGUAAAAAUUUGGGCAACUUGCAAGAAUUUUUUGGGCAAAUGGAUUACCGCCCCCCCUGGCAAAAAAUUGCCCGUACGCCUAUGGGACGCGGAGGGGAGGGGAUUCUACCACUUUCCGCCGGUGCAUGACCUUUUGUGGGAGUGGGGGAGGGGAAGCAGAAGAAAGAGACUGCUCGUUGAACUGUUGGCAAUUCAUGGUUUUAACCACGAAUUGCCAACAUAAAAAAUUGCAUCUUCCUUGUCUCGUUCCUUUGACAUAAGUUUUUAAAGGAGAUUUUUUCAAUUCUUCUUGUAAAAUGUAAGAAUGACAAAAAUCACAGUUUUAUCUCUGAGAUAACGAGAAAACCUUUCAUCUGCGAGGACGGUGUGGUGUAGAAUGUAUGCAGCCCUUUGUCUCCCUUUUACUUCCCACCUCAAGCCCAUUCCUAAUUGUUUAAUAUUAAGGAGACUGCAAAUGCUGAAUGGCUUGGGUGUAAAUGACUUUAUGGGCACCGAAAGAAACGACAUGGUUUGUGACUAGUAUCAGAGUACGAUGAAUAUAUCAUUUUAAACUAAAAUCAUUUCACCCAUAUAAAGCCGGGCUUUGGAUUAAGACAUUUUCACCAUUAACAUCGACAUGACGUCACUUCUGUCAUAUUCCUUAAAGAACUGUUUUCUUGUGUAGAAACUUUUACUUGCUGUUUUUAAACAAAAACUAAAAUUGAUGGCCACGAGAGGUAAAAUAUCUAUAAAGUAAUCAUUGAAUCGAUUUUACUUAGGUUGGGGAACUCAACGAUUCAGCUUUUGGGGCAAUGCAAAACCACCCAGUCAUCUCCAACAAGCCAAUGUACCAGUGGUCGACUACAACACCUGUGCGCAAAAGGCGGGAAGUAAAGUGCACGAUCAAUCCAUGGUUUGUGUCGGUGGUGCAGGAAAAGUUGCAUGUCAUGGAGAUAGGUAAUUUCAGUAAUCUUAGUUCGCAGUGAUAAAAGUUUGAUGUUGAACUUUAAUCCCCGUAAGUAUAUAGGUAGGUGACGCAAAACGUAUCCGAGUUUUUCUAUCACCAUUCGAACACAUGCAGGCAGCCCAAGCUCAACAAGAAAGUUGCGUUUGGUACAAUAUUGCAAAAUCUCAAUUUCAUGACCGUAAACGGAAUUGAGUGCCUUCCCCAUCGCUAAGGAGAAAAACAAAUAUAAACAAAGACGUUUUUUAUUUUUGUUGAGAACUUCUGCGAAUAAAUAUGAUUACGAUCGACAAUCGACUACAUGGUUUCCUGCUGGGACUGGGCUGACCAUGACACGUACUCGAUGGGUGUGCUAACUAAACAUAUCUUAGUCCCUGUGCCGCCGCAACGUACCAUUUAAACCUAGCUACUAGUAGCUUUAAAAUUACCGUGUAUGGGCAAUUUGUGUUAUUAAUAUUUUUAAGCAUAAAAGAUUCUUUGAACACAUAAUACUAUUAAACAGCUACUUUAACUUUUCAGAGCAAUCUUUCUACUACAUUCGUAGUUCUACCGGGGAAAUACUAUCGGUGGAGCUGAUCCUGUUCAUAGCAAGAGUAUUAUCGUACGAUAUUUUUUAGAAGUGUCUUAACUGCCUUCCCUGACACUAUUUCAAAACUCCUGAAAUUCAGUUCAAGUGCCAUGAUGGUUUUCGAAUGCAUGAUAAGAUUUUGUUUUAUUUCGACAGUACAUCGUAACUUUUAGGGAGUUAUUAUAACUCCAAAAAUGGAGUAAAAAUUUUAGGUAUAGGAUAACCCCUUUUUUGGGGUUAUUUUAACUCCUAAUUUAACUCCCAAUUUGGGGUCAUUUUACUCCUGAAAAAGAGUUCUUUUUACUCCCAGUCUGGAGUUAAAAUCACUUCGAAAUGGGGUUACUUGUACUCCUUACAUGGGUUGUUUUUACUCUUUUUGGAGUUAAUUUAACUCUGAAAGUGGAGUAAAAAUUUUAGGUACAGGAUAACUCCUUUUUUGAGGUUAUUUUAACUCCUCAAUAUGUGGGGUCACUUUUACUCCUGAAAAAGAGUUCUUUAAACUCCUUUUUGGAGUUAAAAUAACUCUACGAAAAAUAACUCCACUGUAAGGAGUUAAAUUAGCCCCACUAGAGGAGUUAUUAUAACUCCCUGAAAAUUACAGUGUAGCUAUAACUUACUUUUGAAAAAUCCUUGCCUAUUAUGAAUAAGCUAUUUCACAUGAAAAUACUCAGACACUUCAACAUUUUACUCCUGCAUAACUAUUUGUAGGAUAAUAGUUAACCUAUAAUGAUGAACAAAGCCAUGUUUAUUUUAAAGUGGAGGUCCCCUUGUUUGUGAAGAGAAUGGGCGUUGGGUUCUGCGAGGUGUGGCAUCCUGGACUGGAGAUAGAAAGUGCAAAACAGAUAACUACUCUAUGUACGCUCGUGUCAGCUCAUACAUGACAUGGAUCGAGAACCAGAUUGCAAGUAGGUGA